UGCAAAUCCCGAUUCAAGAAACUGCCACCGUUUUUUUCAGAGUUUAUUUAAUGCCACAACCGUUAGCACUAACGUCUUGGACCCACAUGAUUGGUCAAACUUUUUUGACUUUGUCCAGAUUACUUACACGUGUCUUAUGUGGACGGCUCAAGAUGUCGAGCAUGAGAUUAUUACACGUAGCACAGGCUAAAUGACUAUUUUAUCCUUCGUGGGAUUGAAAACAGUUUGCAACUUUGUAUCGUUUCAUUUUUUUUCUAGGGUUUGCUCGUUCUCUCUGUCCGCUCUGUUCUCUAGUGGAAGAAAUUAGGGUUUGGGUCAGUUUUCAGCGGGAUUUUGCUUAGGUUUAGUGUCUGAGUAAAGGGUUGGGGAGCGAUCGAGAUUCAGAAAAAGAAGGGGAAGGACAAGCAGCAGAUAUGGUAUGAUUGCAAACCCUAAUUUCGUUUUUCUGAGUUGAAUUAGGGGUUUUCUCUUAGGUUUUUGUUUCUCUUUCUUGUACUUUUUUUCUCUUGCUCUAUGUCCGCUCUGUUCUCUAGUGGAAGAAAUUAGGGUUUGGGUCAGUUUUCAGCGGGAUUUUGCUUAGGUUUAGUGUCUGAGUAAAGGGUUGGGGAGCUGAAGAUGAAGAAGAAUAAGGGGAAGCACAAGCAGCGGAUAUGUGACCAUACAUAUUAUCCAUAUAGAGAUAUCAGUGUGUUUGUUGUGAAUAGUAAACUUAAUUUGCUAUUCCCUCACAUGGAUAGAGAUAGAAUUGACCUUAAGGAAUUUGAGAAGAUGUUGCGUGUUAAGUUGCAUCUUGAUGAAACAGAAAUUCCAAAUUUAUAUUGGACCAUAGACCCAUGUCUGCCUGAGUAUUUGGUUACAAAUGAAGACUUGUUUAAGUUUUGGGAGCAUGCUGUACCUGAUGAUAAAGGGUUCAUAUGUUUACAAAUGAGUGUAAUGAAUUCAGAAUUUAGGAAUGACAAUGACUUCAUUAAGGAUGCAAUGGAACAACCAGUAGUAACAAUUGAUGAGACUCCUAAGAAGGCACCUAAGAGGAUUGCUAAGAAGCCAGUUUCAAAGGAAAAGUCAGUAAAGAUAUCACCUACAAGGAGAUCACCAAGGUUGCAUGCUCAAUCAAAGAAUGAAAACUCAAAUGGAGGAGCAUCUAGGAAGUUGUUGUUCAUGGAUCUGUUAAAUGAAGUGGAAUCUCAGGGUUUUUCUUGCCUAAGUCAAGCCACUGUUGUUGGUUCUAGCAGUACACCAGUUGAUAGCUUUAAUCAUGAUUACUGGGUUGAUGAAGUAAACAACACUGCUGCAGGGGAUAACACUGAUGCAGGGGAUAAGACUGAUGCAGGGGAUAAGGCUAAUGCAGGGGAUAAGACUGAUACAGGGGAUAAGACUGAUGCAGGGGAUAAGGCUAAUGCAGGGGAUAAGACUGAUACAGGGGAUAAGACUGAUGCAGGGGACAAUAGUGAUGGUGAUGAUGAGGACAAUGUGGUGCUAGAGAACACUACUGUAGAUGAAUGUCACCCCAUUGAAGACCCAAAUGCUCCACCAACUGUUACUACCUGGAGAGUUUAUAACCUUUUGGCUCAUUUUUAUGUGUUGAACUUCUGA